AUGCUGGGGGCGGGUAGCCCGGCGUCCACGCUGCAGAAGGGCGACGUGCGGGCGCUCCAGGGCUCGCGGGUUGGCUCGACAAAGGGCUUCAUCCAGGUGUGCGGAGAGACGCUGGCGAUCCCGCACGGCAAGAGGAGCAAGUCGACCUCCAGCCUCACGCCCCUGAGCGCUCGCGAGGGGACCGAGGCACGGUCCGCGUUCUCGGAGCACUCCCACUGCUACGCCUCGAUGGACAAGAAGCCGCUCAUACCGUACAGCCCGAACGCGCACCGCUCGCGGCUGGCUCAGCCUCCCGCGCCCCUGCCUGCCAAGAACGCCUCCAGCAUCGUCUUCGACGAGCCAGGCAUGUUCACCUGCCACAAGCGGAGGUUUGUAACCACCAGCGCCCUGACCCACAGCGGUGAUCCGGUGGACCCCAGGAGCAACACGGCGAUCAUCGCCGAGGCGACACGGAUCCGGCGCCAGCAGCUAGCCAAGUGA